AUGCGCCGCGGCGCGCCGGUACUCGACUACAGCGCGCACCCGCACAUCAUCGAGGACAUUGUCUCAUACGCCCCGCUAUCGGCGCUCAUCUCCCUGCGCGCGACGUGCCGUGGCCUCCGACGGCUGGCUGAUGCCCGUCUGUUCGCCCAUGUCCAGCUACAGCAAGUCGGCACCGGCCGCAGCCAGUCGACCUUCCUCACGCUGCCUGCGCGCACGUCACUCACCCCCGUCUCCGACGUGCCCCGCCUGCCGUGGUCUCUCGGCCACAUACGCGCCCUGGAUGUCGACACGGCCGUCACGCUACGCGAUGGCUCGCACAAGUUCCCGAAGCUGCAUACACUGCGGCGUGUCCACAACACCGAGGUGGUCGUGAUCCAUCUGCACGACUUCGAGGGCGUGCACACCGUGAUCGACUGCAUCGCCGUCCCGAAGUCGUCGACACGGUAUGACGUGUGCUUCACGCUUCCUCGCCACGCGCGCCGGAGCAUCCUGCACAUCAGCUAUCCGAGGCUGAACACGCACUCGCCACGGAUAUCAAUGGCGCCGUACACCUCCCUCGUGGACGACUUCACGUUCGUGUUCUGGCCUCCCGAGGACAAGCUGCCGCACGUGUGGGCGCUCGAAUGGCAGUACGACACGAUCUACUACGCCGUCGCGUACGCUGGGACCAAGUACGCCGUCACCGUCGUCGGGUGGGAGAAGGUCUCGCCGCGGCUAGCGGACGCGAUUGAGCUCGGCGGAGACGUUGACGCCGCGCUCGAGGCUGAGCGCACAGCCGCGAGGGAUCACUUCGAGCAGGGCGUCGGGUCGGGUCGGCUCUUGUCCGCGUACCAGCCCGCCGAGAUGGCCGACCUCAUCUGCAACAACAUGCGCGUGCUCACGCUCGAGGACUGGCACCGCGAGCUGGGGGACAGGCGUGAGCUCGAGGGCGAGUUUAUACGUCUGCGACAGGGCGACGCGAGGGCCGGCCGCCGGCGGAGUAGCACCGCGCAGGCGGAUAUUGGCAAGGCGUGGAGUGCUCGGAAGAGGCAGGCGCAGGAUUGUGCGACGCAAUAGCGUGCUGCUGUUUCAUCUCCCAAGCAACCGUUGCCUCGCAAGCGAGCGAACGAGGAGCAUUUCGCGCUCCUGUCCUGGCACAGUCCCCUGUGGGCAACGGGCCCAUGGCAGCCUGGCGUCGCCGUGCCAGUUAUGGAGACUAAGGCGUACCUGAAGCACAGCACAUCGCUCGCAGCGUGCGAGCUUAUCAUAUAGACAGGAGCCCGUACAUGAGUCCCGAGAGUGUUGUACAUAGGCAUGG